GAGGUCAGAGUUCAAGACCAGCCUGGCCAACAUGACAAAAUCCCAUCUCUACUAAAAUACAAAAAUUCGCUAGGUGUGGUGGCACGUGCCUGUAAUCCCAGCUACUCAGGAGGCUGAGGCAGGAGAAUUGCUUGAACCUGGGAGGCAGAGCUUGCAGUGAGCUGAGAUCGCACCACUGCACUCCAGCCUGGGUGACAGAGCAAGACUCCGUCUCAAAAAAAAAAAAAAAUGUCUAAGAAUAAUCACAGACCAUACUGACAUGUAAAUGCUCAAUGCUCACCCAGCCCUAAGCCAGUGGUCAAUGUGUCAAUGGAGGGACACUUGCCAAUGUUGGGACAUCUGUGGUUGUCACAACUUGGAGGUGCUCCAGGCAUGGAGUGGGUGGAGGCCAGGGAUGCUGCUCAGCACCCUGCCGUGCCCAGGAUGGCCCCGCUCUAGAGAAAGAUCCAGCCUCAAAUGCCCACAGUGCUUCCUUGGUGCCUGUCCUAUGAUCUAUCUCAUUUAACAGUUGAGAAAUUGAGAGGGAGAAUUUCAGAGAGGGAAAGCGAUUAGCUCAAGGUCACACAGCAAGGAUGAUAUAACCAAACUGAAUUCAAGCCCCUGUCGCCUGUCUGCUGGGUCGUUGCUCUUAAAUUCUGGCUCUGGAAGACCUCGGUUUUUUUGUUGUUGUUGUUUUUUAGUUUGUUUUUGUUGUUGUUGUUGUUUGUUUUGCAAUGGAGUCUCGCUGUGUCACCCAGGCUGGAAUGCGGUGACGCGAUCUCAGCUUACUACAACCUCUGCCUCCCGGGUUCAAUCGAUUCUCCUGCCUCACUUCCUGAGUAGCUGAGAGUAUAAGCACCCGCUACCACACCUGGCUAAUUUUUGCAUUUUUAGUAGAGACGAAGUUUCACUAUGUUGGCCAAGCUGUUCUCAAACUCCUGACCUCAGGUGAUCUGCCCGCCUCGGCCUCCCAAAGUGCUGGGAUUACAGGCGUGAGCCACUGCGCCUAGCCUCCAGGUCUCCUUCUAAAAUGCCAACUACCUGCAAGGGUCUUGGCUGUGCUCCCAGAGUCUCCAGGCCUGCGAAUGCUGCGUGGCAUCCAGUAGGCGCAUAAUAAAUACUUACUGCAUGAAGGAGCAUCUCCCCCAAGUGUUCAUCUGAUGCAUGUUUGUGGAGCACCUGCCGUGGGCCAGGCACUGGGGACGCUGCAGUGACAGAAAGGAACCCAAGGCCCCUCCUCUACCGGAGGAGCCGUGGGUCCCAGGAGUGGUGGAAAUUGAUGGAAAUGGCUAGAGAAUGUCAGAGCUGCUCCGGGACCAGCUAGCUCUUUCUGUGAGGAACGAGUCACAGUUUUAUUGUGCGCUUACUGUAUGCUAGGCACUGGUCGACUGAGUGCGGAGCAGGUAGUACCUUGGCAUCCUCCCAGUAACCCUCCACAGUAGGAACUAUUUAUUAUGAAACCCAUUUUACAGAGGAGGAAGGUGAAGUCCAAAAUAGGUAAGUCUGUUGGCCCAGUCAUAUAGGUAGGAAAGGCUGGGGCAGGGGCAGGGUGCUGGAUUCAAAUUCAGGUGUGUAGGAUUGCAGCUCCCCAUUGGCGAAUGAAUGAAUGAAUGAACGAAUGGCUGAUGAAUGAAUGAAUGGGUGAGCCAAUGAGUGAAUGAAUGAAUGAAUGGGCGUGCCAAUGAAUGAGCCAAUGAGUGUGGGAAUGAAUGAAUGAAUGGUGCGGGAAUGAACAAAUGAAUGAAUGGGUGGUGAGCAAAUGAAUGGGUGAGUGAACUAAUGAAUGGAUGAAUGGGUGAGCCAACAAAUGGAUGAACAAAUGAGUGAGUGAAUGAAUGCAGGAAUGAGUGAAUGCAGGAAGGAAUGGCGUGGGAAUGAAUCAAUGAAUGGGUCGUAUAAGAAUGAACGAAUGAACAAAUGGGUGAGGCCAAUGAAUGAAUGAAAGGGUGAGCAAACAAAUCGGUGAAAGAAUGAACGAGUGAAUGAACGAAUGAAUAAGUGAAUGAACGAAUGAAUAAGUGAAUGAACGAAUGAAUACGUGAAUGAACGAAUGGGUGAGCCUGUGAAUGAAUGAACGAAUGGGUGAACGAAUGAACGAGUGAAUGAAUGAAAGGGUGAGCGAAUAAACAAAUGGGUGAAGGAAUGAACGAGUGAGUGAACGAAUGAACAGGAGAAUGAAUGAAUGAACAAGUGAAUCCAUGAAUGGGUGAGUGAAUUAAUGCAUGAAAGGGUGAGCGAAUAAACAAAUGAGUGAAGGAAUGAACGAGUGGGUGAACGAAUGAACGAGUGAAUGAACAAAUGAAUAAGUGAAUGAACGAAUGGGUGAGUGAAUGAAUGAAUGAAUGGGCGGGCCGGUGAAUGAAUGAACGAAUGGGCGAACGAAUGAAUGAGUGAAUGAAUGAAAGUGUGAGUGGCGAGAGCCCUGCCGGCCGCGUGGCGGUGCGAGGCUGCGGACGUCGCGGGCCUGGAGGCACCUGCGCGCCCUUGGCCGACUGGGAGGAGGCGGAGAUGGACGCCCGCGGGUCCCCUGGAGAUGCAGCCGGCGGCCUGCGCUGGUGAGGGAGCCGGGCUCCCGGCGCCGCGUCCUCCUCAUCCUCCAGGCGACAAGCUGCGGCUCAGCCCCACUGACCUUGGCUCCUGCCCGCCCUGCGGCCCCUGCCCCAUCCCGAAGCCGGCAGCCAGAGGCAGGCGCCAGAGUCAAGACUGGGGCAAGAGUGACGAGAGGCUGCUACAAGCCGUGGAAAACAACGAUGCACCUCGGCUGGCCGCCCUCAUCGCCCGCAAGGGGCUGGUGCCCACGAAGCUAGACCCCGAGGGCAAGUCCGCGUUCCACCUGGCAGCCAUGCGGGGUGCGGCCAGCUGUCUGGAGGUGAUGAUAGCUCAUGGCACCAAUGUCAUGAGCACGGACGGAGCAGGUUACAAUGCCCUCCACCUGGCUGCCAAAUACGGGCACCCACAGUGCUUGAAGCAACUACUGCAGGCUUCCUGCGUGGUGGACGUCGUGGACAGCAGCGGGUGGACUGCCCUACACCAUGCAGCGGCUGGUGGCUGUCUCUCCUGCUCAGAGGUGCUCUGCUCCUUUAAGGCACAUCUAAACCCCCAAGAUCGGUCAGGCGCAACACCCCUCAUUAUAGCAGCUCAGAUGUGUCACACAGACCUGUGCCGUCUCCUACUGCAGCAAGGGGCUGCUGUGAAUGAUCAGGACCUGCAAGGCAGGACGGCCCUGAUGCUGGCCUGUGAGGGGGCCAGCCCCGAAACAGUGGAGGUCCUGCUGCAGGGCGGAGCCCAGCCGGGCAUCACCGAUGCGCUGGGGCAGGAUGCGGCUCACUAUGGCACCCUGGCGGGGGACAAACUCAUCCUGCACCUUCUGCAAGAGGCGGCCCAGCGCCCCUCCCCACCCAGCGUGGAGUUGGGGUUUCGCCACAUUGGCCAGGCUGGUCUCGAACUCCUGAACUCAGAGGAUGACUCAGGCGAGGCGUCAUCUCAGAACUCUAUGUCCAGCCAUGGAAAGCAGGGGGCCCCCAAGAAGCGGAAGGCGCCUCCACCUCCCGCCAGCAUCCCCAUGCCGGAUGAUCAAGAUGCCUAUGAGGAGAUCGUGAGGCUGCGGCAGGAGAGGGGCCGCCUCCUGCAGAAGAUCCGGGGCCUGGAACAGCACAAGGAACGGAGGCAGCAGGAGUCCCCGGAGGCCAGCUCCCUGCACAGCCUGGAGAGACAGGUGCAAGAGCUACAGCAGCUGCUGAUGGAGAGACAGGAGGAGAAGGAGAGCCUGGGACGGGAGGUGGAGAGUUUGCAGAGCCGGCUGUCCCUGCUGGAGAACGAGCGGGAGAAUACUAGCUAUGAUGUGACCACCCUGCAGGAUGAGGAGGGUGAGCUGCCUGACUUUCCAGGGGCCGAGGCGCUGCUGUCCAGGCAGCUCAGCCCGUCGGCCCAGGAACGCCUGGCCUCGCUGCAGGAACAGGUGGCUGUGCUCACCAGACAGAACCAGGAACUGAUGGAGAAGGUCCAGAUCCUGGAGAACUUUGAGAAGGACGAGACACAGAUGGAAGUGGAAGCUCCGGCAGAGGUCAUCCCUCUUGCCCUCUAUGACUCUCUCCGGGCCGAGUUUGACCAGCUGCGCAGGCAGCACGCUGAGGCCCUGCAGGCCCUGAGGCAGCAGGAGACACGAGAGGUCCCCAGAGAAGAGGAGGCAGCCUGUGGGGAGAGUGAGGGUGCUGGAGCCACGGCCACCAAAAAUGGGCCAACCCACAUGGAGGUAAAUAGCCCAGUGGCUCCAGAAACCAAAGUUAAUGGAGCCGAGACCAUAGAUGAGGAGGCUGCAGGAGAUGAAACCAUGGAAGCCAGGACUAUGGGAGCUAUGUCCAUGGGAGCCAAGGCCACGGGAGCUGAGGCCACGGGAGCUGAGGCCACAGGAGCCAAGGCCACAGAAACAAAACCCACAGGGGCUGAGGUCAGAGAAAUUGAGACCAUAGAAGAGGAAGCAAACAUGGAAACUAAGCCCACAGGAGCUCAGGCCACAGACACAGAGGCCACAGGAGUGGAGGCCAUGGGGGUGGAGGCCACAAAAACAAAAGCAGAGGAAGCAGAAAUGCAGCCCUAUGGAGUGGGUGCUGGGCAAGCAGAGCCCCCAGUCACAGGGACCACAAACAUGGAGGCCACGGGCUCUAGGGCCACAGGGGUGGAGGCCACAGGAGUCAGUGCCACAGGUGUGGAGAACCCAGGGGUAGAGGCCACGGUCCCGGGGAUCUCUGCUGGCCCUGUCUUACAUCCUGGUGCCGCAGAGGCCUCGGAAAAGCUUCAAGUAGAGCUGGAGACCAGGAUCCGUGGCUUGGAGGAGGCACUCCGGCAGCGGGAGCGGGAGGCAGCUGCGGAGCUGGAGGCGGCCCUGGGGAAGUGCGAGGCCGCGGAGGCCGAGGCGGGCCGGCUGCGAGAGCGUGUCCGCGAGGCCGAGGGCAGCGGGCCCAGUGGGGGCGGUGGCGGUGACACCACACAGCUGCGGGCGGCCCUGCAGCAGGCCCGGGAGGACCUCCGAGACCGAGACUCCCGCCUGCGGGAGCUGGAGGCGGCCUCGGCCUGCCUGGAUGAGGCUCGGGCCAGCCGGCUGCUGGCCGAGGAGGAGGCCCGGGGCCUGCGGGCCGAGCUGGCCCAGCGGGAGGAGGCGCGGCUGGAGCAGAGCCGGGAGCUGGAGGUUCUGCGGGAGCAGCUGGCCACGGCCAGGGCCACGGGGGAGCAGCAGCGCACGGCGGCCGCGGAACUGGGCCGGGCACGGGACGCCGCUGAGGCCCGAGUGGCUGAGCUGGCUGAGGCCUGCGAGGAGGCGCGGCAGGGCCUGGCCGAGCUGCGGGAGGCCUCCGAGGCCCUCCGCCAGUCCGUGGUGCCGGCCUCUGAGCACCGCCGGUUGCAGGAGGAGGCCCUGGAGCUGCGGGGCCGGGCGGCCAGUCUGGAGCAGGAGGUGGUGGCCACGGGCAAGGAGGCCGCCCGGCUGCGCGCAGAGCUGGAGCGGGAGCGUGUGUGCAGCGUGGCGCUCUCGGAGCACGAACGCAUCGUGGGCACCCUGCAGGCCAACGUGGCCCAGCUGGAGGGGCAGCUGGAGGAGCUGGGACGGCGGCAUGAGAAGACCAGCGCAGAGGUCUUCCAGGUGCAGCGUGAGGCCCUGUUCAUGAAGAGUGAGCGACAUGCAGCCGAGGCACAGCUGGCCACAGCAGAGCAGCAGCUACGGGGGCUACGGACCGAGGCGGAAAGGGCUCGCCAGGCCCAGAGCCGGGCCCAGGAGGCUCUGGACAAGGCCAAGGAGAAGGACAAGAAGAUCACAGAACUCUCCAAAGAAGUCUUCAAUCUUAAGGAGGCCUUGAAGGAGCAGCCGGCCACCCUGGCCACCCCUGAGGUGGAGGCCCUCCGUGACCAGGUGAAGGAUUUACAGCAGCAGCUGCAGGAAGCUGCCAGGGACCACUCCAGCGUGGUGGCUUUGUACAGAAGCCACCUCCUAUACGCCAUUCAGGGCCAGAUGGAUGAAGAUGUGCAGCGGAUUCUCAGCCAGAUUCUGCAGAUGCAGAGACUCCAGGCUCAGGGCCGCUGAGAAAGGCCAGGCCCAGUGGCUACACUUACCACACCCACGCAGGGACCUCACCCACCCUGCAGGCCCCUUGCAGACCGGCUUUACUUGGCCCCAUCCAGGCCCAUGCACUUGGAGACCAGCCUGGGUCCCUGCCCGACCAUCCCCAGCUGGCUGCAUCACCCCACCUGGUCUCUGCACACACACACUGGUCAGUCUGGACCCGGGGCAUGACUGCCCCUCCCCCACCACUGGAGAAUCUGUGAGUCCCUGUGUCCUCCACAUCCAGAUGCCAGCCCGGGAAUAAAGGCAUUCUGUGCACAGGA